CAGAAAAUAGGUGCGUGAGCGUAUUCCCACCCACUGCCGACGUUGACAACCUUUCCUGACGAGUUUCAGUUCGUUAGACACUUAGACUCAAACAAUAAGCUUCUGCUGAUUCUACUGUGCGAGAAGGUCGAUAAUAAGGAAGAGUGUCUCUACUAGUUCGCCCUCGCCGCUGUACCCCCUGAAACUGGAACUGGUGCAGUUUGUUUCAAAAAUUCGCUUAGCCUGCGUGACUGCGGUUCCCAUCGCGAAGUCAAGAAGUGUAACGGGAGCCGCGCUAAGGAAGUCUUCCGCACAUCGGCACAGUCGCAGGAGUAGCUGCAAAAAUUUUGGUGACCGAAAUGUCGGGAAGAACAGGGACGGAGCUGUACCGAUGUUUAGCUGCAGUGUGUAGCGUGAGUGCCACAACUUGUAGCUGGUUUGCAUUGAGUUUUUUGAUGACACAUGCAGAGAAAAUCAAAAUGAGAAUCAGACUUGGCAACGUACAAUAAAACAGUUCACCCCAACACUCUAGGUCCAGCAGCGAGGCAGACGAAGAUGAAUGCGAGUCCGAGUCCGUGGAGCAGUUGGAGAUGCCUGAGGCCUUGCGGCAAGUUCCAGAGAAAGCAGUGCUCGUCACGGAGAGCAAUUUCGCAUACGUGCAGCAGUUGAUGCGACGGGAGGAUGGGUUUGAUUUUCAAGCGCUGUACGACAUGUCCGAGAAGCAGUUACCGCUGUUCAACGCGAAGACAUUUGUGAGCGCCUUGAAGGCCGAGCGAAUUCCGGCAGUGGCAAGUGCGUCUUCUGAGAAGGCUUCUUCGAGCAAGAAGCUUUCUGUGCAGGCUUGUGCGACCGGGACCGGUUUGAAAUUAGGAGAUGCGAUGGAGAUAGAACAAGACAAUAUUUGCCGAAAAAAUGAUCUCCAAAUGCCUUUGAACACAGCAACAGGAACUUCCUCUACUUCUAGGAACAGGAGGCACGGAGGUACAUCUGGAGACGAGGAGGACAAAGUGCAGCAGGUUACCACCACAGACGACAACAAGAAGGCUGAAUCAAAAGAGUCCAAUACCGACGACGGAUUGUCUGCCGCGGAAAGAGCUACGCUUGAGCACCUGCUCAGUCCGGUCAUUUAUUGCACUUGCGCGGAUGAUGUUUUGGUUCGUUUUCACGAGUUGCACGAAUUGAGGGAAGAAGUCAACAGAUGGGAGAAGGAGCUGCAGGAGACGGAAGAUGAAUCCAUGUCUUUUAACCUAGAAAUGGUAGAGCCCAUCAGCAGAACACUCCAGUUUUUCAGGCGUGACCGAUUGCAGCACAAGUAUUCGGGAGGAAUUUUUGAAUAUACCGGCGCGAUCCAGCGGUUGGCGCAAGAGGUUGAGUAUUUGACAAAGCACGUAGAGGAUGCCUACCGGCGAUACCUGCUACGAUCCUUCCCUGCAAGGAAGCAGCAAGCUCCCUUCGUGCAAGCCGAGGUAGUGACGAUGAACGGCGACCGUGUCUGGCAGUUGAAGGAAGGGGCGUGCUUAGACUUCUGCGCCAGUCUGGACGUGAACAGGUUGAAGAAUCAGGUCGGCGAAGAUUUUGCGCAAGUUCUGCUGGAAAAAUCGUCCAGAGAAGAGCUUAGCGAGAGGCCGUACGAUUGUGUCGCGUUCAACCUGCACGUGCAUCUCCAGCAUUGGACCAGACGUUUUACAGAGGCGAGACUGCGAUCGAUUUUCCUCAAGAUGUGUGGUAAUUUUGUCGACAAAUUUGGCGAUACCCUUUCGCUCGCUGCUGUUUUGAUAGACAGCGAACGGGACCGGUGCGGCUCCUGCGUGGACAUUCCCGGCGAGGCCAUUCGGGCUUUCUUUUCCGGAAUUUUGGACGACGUAGACGUGAAAUUUCCGGCGGCAGGGGGCGCCCAGUUGAGCGAGUUUCUCAGUCCAACAGAGGAAUUAUCAUACGGCAGCUUGCCUCAGGACGCGUGUGCACAGGACAUCGGCGAGCGCGGGGGUGGCACAGUGGCGGCGGCUUUGCUGACCUCCGGGUUGCUUCGGCUGUGGCUGGUCGAUCUGGACACAUUGCGCAGCGCCUGGGUUCCGCGCAUGCUGGCGCGCACUGAGGACAUUGAGGAAAAAGAUGCGCGGGACCUCGAUCGUCGAUGUGCGAGCGCGUCAGAGCGACAACUUGCACGACUGCACGGAGAAAAGAUAAAAACGCUGGACCCAGAGGCUCCUGAGUGGCGAACCGGGAAACUGCCACCCCUUCGUACUGGAGACAUCUUUGAGGUGGGCGGGAUCCGUGGAGCUUUUGGUUGGCGGGUGAUCCCUUGGGGCGAGAAUAAUAGGGCGAUUUUGCUGAAUUUGUCGUGGAACCUGAAGGCCGGAUCCUUGCUGGUCGAAGGUGGCCGCUGCGUCCCUCCAAGUCAACAUCCAGCAUUGCGGAUCUACGCAUGCGUGGUGUUGCCAAACAAUGGUAAUUUCGGCGCGAGCACGAGUUCUUCCAGUACUGGCAGGAAAGGCGUGGCUCAGGCCCGAAGGGACUCCAUCGUCGGAUACCUUCUCCUUCCUGCAGCAGCAAUCCAGCGACACCCUGAUGCGGAGCUGACUCUGGAAGAGUACAAGUCCUUCUUUUUCGACGAAGACGGUGGAAUGGACGUCUACGAUUUAGGGCACAAAGGCGUUGUCACCUUUGCCCCGGACGAUAGUCCGCUCGGAAUGUGGAUUGAUCCUGCUGAGAAGAUGUCUGGUUUAGAUCUUUUAGCCCUACGCGAAAGUCGUGUAAUGUGGACUGACGGCGUUCAGAAGUCCAGCAUUGCGAUGAGCAGUCGUCACACCAAGUGGUAUUCUCGAUGUUUCUCAGUUCUUGUGUAAGAUCCAUAUUUUCUAUCUUCAAUCGUCCUGGCCUGGAAUGAUGAGUGCACUUUUCGAUUGCGAAAAAUCAUGGAAUUAUAUCUUCUAACACAGGCUCUCGGAGAUGAUAGAUCAGCGAGAGGCGUUUGCGAUGAAGAGUAUCAGCUGGCUAAACAGCACGUACCCAGAGCUGAAUCGUGACUUUGGCCUUCUCCGCCAACUGACACGGGGUUGCGAGUACUCACUACUUUCAUGUGCCAAAAAGGCCAUCGGUGACUUGUUACAAAAGAGCUACGUUCGAUACACUGCCCGAAAAGCCAAAAAAGCCGGGCGUUCACCUAUGUUCAACCGUCGACCAACUUUGCUCACGGGAGAAGGGACAGAGUCCGGCACAGAUAGUGAGGAAAGCGAGGUGGGCUUUGACGAGGACCAGGCCGAGGCGGCGGACGAAGUGGAGGAAGUGGGGCCCACCACCGGGAAAGAAGAUGAGGAGGAACAAUCGGCGGGAGCUGCUAAUGGUCGAGAAGAGGACGCUGACUCGGACAAAAAUCCAUGGGGCGAGCACCAAGGACGGUGGAAUCCAAGGACGGUGGACAUCAUCAGCCGCGUCUCGCAAAAAUGGCGCUUUUGUCCAGUAGAGUUGAUUCCCGGCCUGGAGACCGAUUUGACAACUUACACGAACGUUAUGGAGUACGUGGAAAAGAUGAAGGAGAAGAAACGAGAAAGUUCGCCGGCCGUCUCGCACUGUGAAGGUAUGGACGCUCGGGAAAGAGAUGCAGAGCGGUCGGAGAAAAUCCACGUACAGUUUUCUCUUGUCAUCGCUGCGGAAGACGAAAAGGACGUGCCGAAGUAUCCGGCUGCGGAGUUUUGCCUCGGCGGUAUGCCGGAUUAUCCUUCUUCCCUACAAAGAGGUCGCCUCUCGUAUCCGAAUUUCCUCAACGAUGACGAUCUUAACGAGAUCGAAUUUGGAUGAAUUGUAUUAUGUUCAUUUUUGAACAAGACUGAUUCUCAGUCUGACUGAGACUGACACUGUCAUCGUUUUUUUUUCCUGUGUCAUUGAUUGACUCAGGCACUGAGGAGGAUAAAGUAAUGAUGCGCGUCAUUUAGAAUGAAUGAUUUUCGAUGUCAUGGAGAAGGUGUACAGAGCGUGGUGGCAUUAUGCGGAUGUCAAUGCUUUUGCUUGUGUUGUUUCUCACUUACUAGAGUUUCUCAUCCAUAUGACCGAGAUGGAGAUGGUCCCAUUGGGAUACUGGAUAGAUGUCGCUUUCGAGUUCCGUUUAAACUACAGAAACUCGCUUGUUGCGAAAUAGUCGUUGCAAGUACCGCAAAGGGCGCUCGCACUUCUGGUAAAAUCGCAGAAAGUGGUAGCGGGUGCAAAGAACAGAUAUUGUGAGUCUGAGAAUUUUGGGACAAAUAUCGCUGGUGUAACAGCUGUUUAGGUUUUACUUUCAUGGUCGAC